CAAAGCUUCGACUUUACUCCCUGGUCAUCUCUCACCUCAACUAUUGCAACUCCCUCCUCAUUGGCUUACCUUUACAUAGGCCACACCCCCUCCAGUCCAUCCAACCGUUCAGUGUCCUCCACCCCUUUCCACCAAUCCCUCCACUGGCCUCCAUUCAGUGUCCUCCACCCCUUUCCACCAAUCCCUCCACUGGCCUCCAUUCAGUGUCCUCCACCCCUUUCCACCAAUCCCUCCACUGGCCUCCACUCAGUGUCCUCCACCCCUCUCCACCAAUCCCUCCACUGGCCUCCAUUCAGUGUCCUCCACCCCUCUCUGCCAAUCCCUCCACUGGCCUCCAUUCAGUGUCCUCCACCCCUUUCCACCAAUCCCUCCACUGGCCUCCACUCAGUGUCCUCCACCCCUCUCCACCAAUCCCUCCACUGGCCUCCAUUCAGUGUCCUCCACCCCUCUCUGCCAAUCCCU